AUGAUGGAUAAAGUAGAAAACGCCCAAUGCGGAAAUUUCCGACAUCAUCACCAACAGCAACACCAGCAACACACACGCAACCCGAACUAUACAAUUGACGCAAAGAUGCAAAUGUUUUUGGAAAAGGAAGGUGAUGCUCUUCUGCAAUGCCACAGGCAAGCAGGUAAGGAAUUGGUAGAUCGAGUCGAAACGUUCCAGCGUGAUGAGAAAAAGAAGAGAAGAAAGCCGGAAAGACAGAGGAAGAGUGACGGUCUUUAA